AUGACCACCAUUGACGAGGAGAACGAGAUGGAUUUUAUCAAUUGGGAUGCUGCAGCGCCUGGCACAGGCCUCGACUUGACCGACGACUUGGAGGGCGCAACGAAUCCCAUUGACUCCGUCCCCCCGUCCGCAGGAGACCCCAACAUGAACCUCGUCUUCGAGGACAUCGAUGGAGAUGACUGGUCAUUUUGGGCCUUGGAGCAUUUCGAGUCCACCCAGAUGCCACAGGACGUCGACGUCGCGCCCUACCCUGAACUGGAUCCUCAGCCGGCAGCAGCGACAUCUGGGAUGUACUGGGAGAUAGCAGAGGCUUCCUGCAGCAAUUGCGCCAAUGGGGGCUACCAAUGCAAAAAGAUCCGGGAAGGUAAAUACAAGGGCUAUUGUACGAGCUGUGUGGCACUCCGGUGCGAGUGCAGCUUCGGGCCGGCCACGAACAAUCUGACCGCCGAGGCUGGAGCUACCUUUCCCGCGAACCCUUGGCCGGUCAUGGGUGACAGGCCCGCGACAUCGAUCCUCCACGAGGACGAGUUGGCCGCCAUGAUGACCUUGGCACCGCCUACAGCGGGACCAACCGCCGUCGCCGAGCAGGAGACAGACCUCCCAGAGCCACCGCCAGUGCCCAAGAUAGGUGCACGAUUCUCCCGCGAGUCUGUCAAAGUGCUCAAGAACUGGCUGGUAACCCACAGCCGACACCCCUAUCCUACCGACGAGGAGAAGGACAACCUUCGGAAGAUCACCGGACUCAACAAGACGCAGAUCACCAACUGGCUUGCUAACGCUAGACGACGAGGCAAGGUCCAUGUAACCCGGUCUACCUCUCCCCAUGUUGGCGGAGGAUACGCCCAAGCGAUGGACAUCCCACAGCGACGGGGCACGCCAGGCCCGCUCGAGGCGAUGAAUCCCUUACAGCGUUGGGCGAACUCGCCGCCAGAAAACGAACCUGCUUCGGUCACGGCCAUUGCCCGGGCCGUGUCUGCUUCCAACUCGUAUUCAGCAACAUCUGGUUCAGGCCGCAACAGCCCUUACGUGUCCAAUUUCUCGGAUGAUGGAUCUGGCAGGUCCCUCUGCAAUCAGUCAUCUGCCAGCAGUCUGGGGACCUCCCACGGAACCUCUCACUCGAGUGGUGGCUCCUUUGCUUCUGCAUUUUCGAAUCAAUCACGAGGCUCUUUCAGUUCGGUGCCAUCGUUUGUCCGCAGUUCACGGGGCCGCCGGCGUCGACGACGAGCACCUCCCAACCGCGCCGAUGAAAACCUCAGCCAGCCACCCAAGACCUUUCAGUGUACUUUCUGCACCGAAACAUUCCGAACCAAACAUGACUGGCAGCGGCACGAGAAGUCUCUACAUCUGUCACUCGAGCGAUGGGUGUGCUCACCUGACGGCCCGAGAAUCACCAAUCCGGAGACUGACAUCAUGAGCUGUGUCUUCUGCGGCGAGGCCAAUCCGGAUGACGCCCACAUCGAACAACACAACUUUUCUGGCUGCACCGAACGUAGCCAGGAGGAACGGACUUUCUAUCGGAAAGAUCACCUUCGGCAGCAUCUCAGACUCGUACACGGCGUCAAGUUCCUCCAGUGGGCCAUGGGCAAGUGGCAGGUGGCUUCUCCGGAAAUAAGAUCAAGGUGUGGUUUCUGUGGCGUCGUCCUCGACAGUUGGGCCGUCAGGGUAGAUCAUCUCGCCGAGCACUACAAAACCGGUAAAACCAUGGCUGAAUGGAAGGGUGAUUGGGGUUUCGACGCUCCUGUACUCCAAAUGGUUGAGAAUUCCGUCCCACCUUAUCUGAUUCACCACGAGAGACAAACCCCGAUGCCAAUUACAGCCACUCAGCACACAGUCGCCACACCGAGCAACGCCUACGAGCUACUGAAGAUGGAGCUGCAUUACUGGCUUGCCAACAGAGCCGAAACUGCAGGACCUGCCCCGACUGACGCUGAAAUACAACAGGAGGCUUGUCGUAUCAUUUUUGGAGCCGAGGUCACGAAGAAUGGUGUUAGCAGGUCGUCGCCUUCAUGGCUGCGUGACCUCGUCAUGUCAUCAGAAGAGACGACUCGUAACGCUCUCUUUCAGCCGAUUCGCGGCCAGUCCGAAAGUUACAUGUCCUCACUUCGCAUCAAUGGCAAGGUUGAUAUCUUUGAGAACUGCGAUCUCGAGAGAGAGUUACAGGACUACGUACGCGCCAGGCAGCUAAUCGGUCUAACGGCCAUGGAUCACGAACUCCAUGUAGAGGCGUGCCGGAUAAUCGGCAGAAUGGAGGAGAGAUCCGGCAAUCCCUCCGAAGAUGUGGCGAACUGGUUGAUCCGGCUCAUCCACGGCUCAUCGACGUGGACCGAGAACUUCAGGCAAAGGGCUCACCUUCCGCGCAGCGAGGAUGUUGGUGACGCCUACCAGCGGUCCAAAGACCCCAAAACGAUUGAUUCUACCGUACUUAACUUCAGCAGACUGGAGGCUGAGCUUGGAGAGUACCUCCGGCUUCAGCGGUCGCUUGGCUUUGAGGCCACCGAUGCCGAGCUGCAGCGGCAGGCUCGUAUCAUCGUGUACGAGCUUGACGAUGAAUGGAAUCAGACAGCCGCGGAUGACAGGGAGUGGUUGAGCCAUUUCAGGGAGCGACACCCAGUCGGGACAGGCCUUACGAGGUCCACGUCAAGUGGCUCGCCUGCAGGUCACAUGCCACCUCCAUCGGCGCUCUUUACACAACAAGCAUCAGGGAGUUCAACCCCCGGCGGAUCUGCUCCUGGUUCUACUUCACAUGUCAUUAAAGCUACGCCUUUGUUGCUGUGCGAUGCCAACUGUUAUCAACGCCUUGCCCAGAACCUCGGCCGCUUUGUGGCAUCGACCAUGUCUACCAAUAACCCCAACUGCCACGUGCCAACUGACGCGGAGCUCCAGCACCAGGCACGAUGGAUCAUAUACGAUGAUGACGACCCCUGGAACCAGACAGCGGCCGACAAUGUAGAAUGGCUUCAGCGGUUCAAGGUGGAUGUUGGCAUCCUACCCAAAGAAUCCGGACCGGGUCUGACCUCAGGCGGGAUCGCGUGGGCUCCGAGCGAGGGCGGCACCGGGUUUGCACCGCCUUACGUCGCCCCCAACCCGGCUGCAACCAUGGAGCCGCUGCAGAGGAACCCAUCAAUCUCCCUUCGCGACGGGAGCAAACCAUUUCAGGCCGAAGCCAGUACGGCGAACCACUACCUGCAGAACUUCUCACAACGCUACCCGGCACCUGCAAAGAUCUUUUGUAGCAGGGAACUAGAAACUGGGCUCACAGAAUACGUCAAGCGCGAGCUGCAGACAACUGGCGUCUUUCCUAGCGACAGUCUGCUGCAAGACCGCGCUCGAUCCAUCAUGAGCAUGCAAAAGACGCCAUGUGAUGAUGUCGUUCUUCUGGGCAGAUUCAAGGCCGCAAUUCAGGGGAUCGAAGCUCCGAAUGCAUCGGCUCCUAUGACUGGGGGACUUGAUCUGGGUGUUACAGGAACCCUUCCCGCCGUAUUUCCCACAACCUCGGCCAUCACAGCAGGACUAGCCGCAUCGGCUGCGUCGGGUUCUGACCAAGCUCUUUCUUUGCAUCCGGACGCUUUGCCUGCUGACAUGGAUAUCGAUCUGCCUUUCACGGAGCAGGAGAUGAACGACAUACUGCAGGAGCUCAGUAACACGAGCCCAUCGUCGCAGGGCAACAGUCGCUCUGGCUCUGGCUCCGGCUCGGGCUUGGAUAUUUAA